AUGACAGACUACACGAAGCUUAAGGUUAGCGAGCUCAAGGAGCUGCUGAAGGAGCGAGACCUGCCGCUAUCUGGCACCAAAUCGGAGCUUGUGAAUCGACUCGAGGCGGACGAUGCCGCGAAGGGCGAGCCGGCCGGUGACGCAGUCUCUGGAGACGCGACUGAGCCUGCGGCAGAGGACAACUCGACGGGCGAUUCUACGGUGCCAGUGGAAGCUGCUGGAGGCGAGCAGCCCGGAGAAGAGGGCCCCAGCUCGACUGCAGACAGAGAGACUGCUCAAGCCGAGACCACGCAGGCAGCGGAGGUCGAGGAGCCUGCAGAGCCCGAAGAGCCGGAAAUGAGCCAGGCCGAAGCCCAGCAGCGGGUUAUCGACGAAUUGGAGCAGCGGCUGAAACGACACAAGCGCUUUGCCACCGAUCCGACCGACACUGAGCUCCGCCUCAAGCGGAUUCGUCAAUUCGGUCUAGCGGACAUUAACGAGGCCAAGAAACUUGUCACAUUCAAGCCUGCACACCGCAAGCGGCGAGUCAAGGGCAAUGGGAAGAAGGUGUCAGCCUAA